GAUCUCACUUAUUUAUGGUCAAGUGAAUAUUGAACUAAACAUCAGUAAAAUUAAAAUUACUCAGAGCAUAAAUAUAAAAAUGAGUGCAAGUAACUGGAGAAGCGCUGGCUUAAACUAUAUAAACUUCUCCAACAUUGCGGCGCGGACGCUUCGGAAGAGCCUCAAGGCAGAGUUCAGAGAAGACGCGGCCAAACGAGACAUAUCGGCUGUCCGAGUGUUCUUUUAUGUGAAUGGCGAAAUACUACCCCUUGGAGAGAAGCCACCAGCUGAAAAGAAAGACGCUGCCGCUGUAGCUGUAAAAGUAUAGACAUAAAUAAAAAUAAGUUUAUAAUAAUAUAAACUGUUUAUUUUCUACCUUCAUCUACCAUACAGAUAAGCACUAUGUUUUAAAAUCAGUUCACUAAAUCAUAAAAUAAGUAGCGUUAUGUUAUAAACAUAUAACUUGAUUCCAAUAGGCACACUAAUCACCACGUGGUAUAAGGUA